AUAUUAAUGCUAAGGUCGUCUCUUGUCUGGCAAACAAAUCCUCCAUAUCCAAAAACAAAAAAAAAACAAAUCCCUUGAAACUCUCCUAAUCUCACAAGAACAACACAAGAUUAAAGAAACUAAAAGAUCAUCGACGGAACAAAAAAUGGUGAGCCCAUUUAGAACUCCAUGUACUUCGCCAAGAAAAUCAAGAAAAGCGAGCAAGAACCCUUAUUCAAACCGUGGACUCGACAAAUUCUCUGAGCUUCUCUCAGAACUCGACGAGAAGAGACAGAGCAUCUACUCGAAGAAGCUCGAUUCCGGUGGCCCGCCUCUUGUCCGAUUCGUUUUCACAAGCUCGGGUGAGUGUGUCCCCGUCGUGAUCAAAUCGUCUUAUCUUCAUAAGCAGAAGAAGACCAAAGAUGUUGCCGCUUCUGCUGCUGCAAAAGUCAAGACAGUAGUCAACGAGUUGAAAGCAGAGGAAACAAAGAAGACAGAACCUGAAACAGAGGAGAAACAGAGCUGUGUUUUGAAUGAGAAUCUGAAGAAGAUCACGAGACCGAACCGUUUCUUGCCUGUGACUGUGAUAUUGGUUCUUAUUUUCUUGGUUUUCUUUGGGAGAUCUGUUUCGAUCAUGUGCACUUGUAUUGCUUGGUACUUGGUACCAGCGAUCAAGGAACAGAGAGGAAACAGAGGACUUUCAUCAUAUGCGAUGAAGAAGAAAGAUUUCGCUAGGAAGUUGAGUAUUGAAGACAGAGCAUCGUUUAAUCCAAGAACUGUUCGUAAUCAUUCUCCUCGCAAGUAGAAUUUUCGUUUUAUGACUGCUCGUGACCCAGCAAAAACUCUUUUUUUUUUCAUUUUGUGAAGUUCUUUGAUUUAUUUUCUUGUUAUCUUUUGUUUCUUCACUGUUUCUUCAUAACUGUGAUAAAUUAGCAGAUAAAUUGUAUAUUCUUCUUCUAUUUCUCUUAGGGUUUUAAUGUCUACAGGUGUAAAUAUGCUGUGGGAAGAUGUUCUUGUUUACAGAUUAUCUACUGACUGUUGCAAACA